ACUCACAAAGGUAGAAAAUGGAUACGAUGCUUCCAACCUCAACAGCAGUACACGAAACAGAUGCUUCGCCACAACAACACCGCCGAAAAGAUGUUGAUGCAGGCGCUCUCUUUGUCCUCAAAUCAAAAGGUUCAUGGAUGCACUGUGGUUACCACUUGACAACAUCAAUAGCAGGUCCACCACUCCUAAGUCUUCCUUAUGCUUUCACCUUCCUGGGUUGGACGGGUGGAAUAUUUUGCUUGGUUAUUGGAGCUCUGGUCACUUUCUAUUCAUACAAUUUGAUAUCUCUUGUUCUUGAGCACCAUGCUCAUUUGGGUAAUCGCCAGCUGCGAUUUAGAGACAUGGCUCACGACAUCUUAGGUCCUCGAUGGGGUCAGUUUUUUGUGGGGCCAAUUCAAUUUGUAGUGUGCUAUAGUGCUGAAGUGCUUUGUGCCCUUCUCGGAGGACAAUGCAUGAAGGCAAUUUACCUGUUAUCAAACCCAAAUGGGACUAUGAAGCUUUAUGAGUUUGUAGUGAUAUUUGGAUGCUUUAUGCUUAUUUUGGCUCAAAUCCCAUCAUUCCACUCAUUAAGACACGUUAAUCUGGUGUCUUUGGUCCUGUGCUUAGCCUAUAGUGCUUGUGCUACUGUAGCUUCCAUAUACAUUGGAGACUCAUCAAAAGGGCCAAAAAAGGAUUAUUCUUUAAAAGGUGGUACAACCAAUCGCUUAUUUGGGGUGUUUAAUGCCAUUGCCAUCAUUGCCACAACUUAUGGUAACGGAAUAGUUCCAGAAAUUCAGGCAACAUUAGCAGCCCCUGUAAAAGGGAAGAUGUUGAAGGGACUAUGUGUUUGUUAUGCUGUAAUUAUAUUCACUUUCUUUAGCGUAGCCAUCUCUGGCUAUUGGGCAUUUGGAAAUGAAGCUGCAGGCCUCAUUUUAAGCAACUUUGUGGACAAUGGAAAGCUUUUAGUGCCCAAAUGGUUUAUUUAUAUGACCUACAUUUUCACAAUAACCCAAUUAUCUGCUGUUGGUGUGGUAUACUUGCAGCCUACAAAUGUAGUACUAGAACAAACAUUUGGAGACCCAAAAAGCCCUGAGUUCUCUCUUCGCAAUGUAAUCCCAAGACUGAUUUCUCGGUCAUUAGCUAUAAUUACUGCAACAACUAUAGCAGCAAUGCUACCCUUUUUUGGAGACAUAAACUCACUAAUUGGAGCAUUUGGUUUUAUGCCACUUGACUUUGUUUUGCCAAUGGUUUUCUUCAAUGUGACAUUUAAGCCAUCCAAGCGAAGCCCCAUUUUUUGGGUGAACGCAUUUAUGGCUGUUGCUUUCUCUGCAUUGGGAGCUAUAGCAGCAGUUGCAGCAGUUAGGCAGAUAAUUCUUGAUGCCAAAACUUAUCGAUUGUUUGCUAAUGUAUGAUCACUUGGGUUAUUCAGUCAACCUUUACAUUCGGUAGUUCAAAUCUAGGUUCGUAUGUUCUUGUGUAGCAAUAUUCUAAAGUUUUUCUAUUAACCGUUGUCGUCGCCAC